CGACAGUUUCAUUCGUCAUAUCCGGCAAGAAUUCGCGUGAAUUGUCUUGACGAAUCCAUUGCUUUAGGUUUUGAAGAGGGAAACAUUUAGUUUGCUUUCUGCGGCAGCUCCUUCAGGAACGGCAGGAAGUUGUCACGUGUACAGGACUCCAAUACUUCAACGUGUUCUUAUUAAGAUUCUGAAGUCGUGCUAUCUCAAUUGCCUUCCAGUCACGUGAUACACAGCCACGUGACCGGUAAUGGCUGACGAAAACGUGGACGCCGCACUGCCCAACUUGAAUGCCUCGGAAGAAGACAACCCGGCCGAUGAGCCCGACUUCGAUGAUCCAGAAGAUUUCAUUGAUGAUAUUAGCGAUGAAGAGCUUCUUGGAGAUCUGAUGGCGCAAGAACCGAAGCUAGACGAUAGUUUAGAACAAAUUAUUGUGGUGGACAAUGUUCCCCGUGUGAUGAAGGAUCGAUUGGACAGACUGAAGAAUGUGAUUAGGAAGAUAAUGGGCAAGUUUGGUCGCAUUUUAAGUGAAUAUUAUCCUGCUGAUGAGAAUGGUGAGACGAAAGGUUUUAUCUUUCUGGAAUACGAAACUGCACAGCAAGCGGCCAACGCAGUCAAGACGGCUCACGGCUACAGGCUGGAUAAAGCGCACGUGUUUGCAAUCAAUCCCAUCUCGGAUUUUGAAAAGUAUUCUGAUCUGCCAACUCAUUGGGAGCCUCCUGAGCCUAAGGAGUAUACUCCUCAGGAGAAUUUGAGGUCAUGGUUGCUGAAUCCAGAUUGUCACGAUCAGUAUGCUGUCAUAUAUAGUCAAGGAGAUAAAACGGCCGUGUGUUGGAAUACAAAUACAGAACCAAUUAUCGUCAUUUCACGUGAGCAUUGGACCGAGGCUCCGUAUCUUCGUUGGUCACCACAGGGCACGUACUUUGUAACAAUACACAAGCAAGGAGCUGCUUUAUGGGGUGGAGAAAACUUCAGAAGAAUUCAGCGAUUUUCUCAUCUUGGUACGGAAUUCAUCGAUUUCUCACCCUGUGAACGAUUUCUUGUAACAUUCAGUUCUACUGUUGACAGCUCAGAAGAACCGCAGGCGAUUAUGAUUUGGGACAUCAGAACGGGAGCUAAAAUGCGAGGGUUUAACUGUGAAGAAGCUACUGUGUGGCCUGUUUUCAAAUGGAGUCAUGAUGGACGAUACUUUGCUCGGCAACGCAAUGGACUAAUCAGUGUGUAUGAAUCAGAGACAUUUGGUUUACUGGACAAGAAGAGCAUACAAGUCAGCGAUGUGAGAGACUUUGCCUGGUCUCCAGCAGAGAAUUAUUUGGCAUACUGGCUACCUGAAGUGAAGGAGAAUCCUUCGAGAGUCGUGCUCUUGGAAAUUCCCAGUAAAAAGGAAAUCAGGAUGAAGAACUUGUUCAACGUGUCUGCUUGUGAAUUGUACUGGCAAAAGUGUGGUGAUUUCCUUUGUGUGAAAGUGGGAAGGUUGACAACAAAGAGCAAGAAGAGUGCGACUGCAUAUAACCUGGAAGUGUUCAGCGUGAGAGCAAAGCUAAUACCAGUCGAUAGCAUCGAAAUCAAAGAGCCUCUGGUUGCAUUUGCAUGGGAACCGAAUGGAUCAAAAUUUGGUGUCAUUCAUGGAGAAGGACCACAGGUAACAGUCAGAUUCUACAAGGUUGAACCAGAGGGUGCAAUCACCCACAUCAAGACGUUUGAGAAGAAAACCUGUAAUCAACUGUUGUGGUCACCUCAGGGACAAUUUGUUGUCCUGACUCAACUGAGAGGACCAAACAGUGGCCUUCUGGAAUUCUACGACACGUCCGACAUGACACAGAUGAACACCGGAGAACACUUCCAAGCAACGGACGUUGCGUGGGAUCCAACCGGUCGAUACCUAUCCAGCUUUGUCAGCUGGUACACAGUGAAGGGAGGUGAUCAUGGUUACCUGGUGUGGUCAUUCCAAGGUAAACAGUUAUAUCGACAGAACAUGCCUGAGUUUGGUUCACUGGUGUGGAGACCGAGGCCACCGAGUCUCCUCAAUGACAUCGACAUUCAGGAAAUUCGUCGGCAGUUUAAGAAAUAUCAACGCGAAUUUGAGAUGAAAGAUCGACUAUCGCAGAAGAAGGCAUCGAAGGAGUUGGUCGACAAGAGACGACAGAUGAUGACAGACUUUCAGGAUUAUCGGAAGAAGAAGGAGAGAGACUUGACAAAGUUGUACCGAGACAGAACCACGCCACAGACAGAUGAUGGAGACGACUCGUUUCAAGAGGAAGUCAUCGAGUUCCUCAUUAACGAGGAAAUAGUUACAGUAGAAGAUAACUAAUAGUUUUAGAGCACUACAUGCAGUUGGUCAUUGGUGUCUAUGUACUUUGCUACAACAUAAUCCUGGUAUGGCAA